AUGGCUUCCACAAAUAUAGUCUCCAGGUUAUCCUCUAGGUUACAGCCUUUACUUUUCAAGCUCAACAAGAAAUCGUUAUCUCCUGAACUCUCUUCACUUAAACCCAGCUCUCUUCCAACUCAGAUUACCAUUGCAAUUGAGUUGCGUGGAAUCGAUGUUCCCAUUGCACAGCGCUAUAGCAUCAGCCAGGUUGGUUUCGAGCUUAUCUAG